CACUCAACUUCCUCUUUCAACAACAAAUUUGUCAGCUAUCAGCAGGAUCCGUACCACUUAGAGUUAGGCUUUUUUACCCCCAGCUCCCUGCAAAGAAACAAGAGUGCUAAUUCCAGCAAGGCUCCAGGGAAUUAUAACUCCACGGCUUACCUUGAUGAAUAUACUGAAAUAUUCAAGAUGGGUUGCAACGGUACAAGCAGUAAUGAGACUAACUGCGAUGUCACUAAUGUAACAUUUCAAUACUCUCUCUAUGCAACCACCUACACCCUCAUAUUCAUCCCUGGUCUUCUGGCCAACAGUGCAGCCUUGUGGGUUCUGUGCCGCUACAUCAACAAGAAAAAUAAAGCCAUCAUUUUCAUGAUCAACCUCUCCGUGGCUGAUCUUGCCCAUGUGCUGUCCUUACCCCUCCGGAUUUACUAUUACAUCAGCCAUCACUGGCCUUUCCAAAAGACCCUUUGCCUGCUGUGCUUCUACCUGAAGUAUCUCAACAUGUAUGCCAGCAUUUGCUUCCUGACAUGCAUCAGCCUUCAGAGAUGCUUCUUUCUCCUCAAGCCCUUCAGGGCCAGAGACUGGAAGCGUAGGUAUGAUGUGGGCAUCAGUGCUGCCAUCUGGGUCGUAGUGGGGACUGUAUGUUUGUCAUUUCCCAUCAUGAGAAGCACAGACUUAGCCAACCACAAUGAGUCCUGCUUUGCUGAUCUUGGAUACAAGCGAAUGAAUGCAGUGGCUUUGGUUGGGAUGAUUACAGUUGCUGAGCUGGCAGGAUUUGUGGUCCCAGUAGUCAUCAUAGCAUGGUGUACCUGGAAAACUACCAUAUCCUUGAGACAACCAUCAAUGGCUUUCCAAGGAAUUAGUGAGAGGCAGAAAGCACUGCGGAUGGUUUUCAUGUGUGCUGCAGUCUUCGUCAUAUGCUUCACUCCCUAUCAUAUUAACUUUAUAUUUUACACCAUGGUAAAGGAAGCCAUCAUUAGCAGUCCUUCCAUUGUCAAAAGCACACUGUAUUUUCACCCUUUUUCUCUAUGUCUUGCAAGUCUCUGCUGCGUUUUGGAUCCAAUUCUCUAUUACUUCAUGGCCUCAGAGUUUCGUGACCAACUAUCCCGCCAUGGCAGUUCUGUGACCCGUUCCCGCCUCAUGAGCAGGGAGAGUGGUUCAUCAAUGAUUGGCUAAAAAAUAAAAUAACUUUUCAAUUACAACUUUGUUUAACUAUGUUUCCUGUUUUUCUCCUCUCAUAGGCCAAAUAAUCAGCCAGAUGAUUUCUUUAAUUGAACUUUGGGAAUAAAAGAAAUAAAUGUCCUCUUGUGUAAUAGUUGUGCUCAAAGGGCUGUGAUGGUGGAGGCACACUGUGAAAAAUGUGGGAGAGAAAGGGAAGAUGGAAUUUACCUGUUUCCUCUUUAAAAUUCUAAGGCACUUUCUUAUUUAACAUAUCCAGAUCAAGUUUUUACAGAUGUUUUCAACCAAAUGGAAAUUGGAUAUUUUAUCUUAAACAUUUCUUCAGUAAAUAUGAUAUUGUUAAUAAGAUACAGUCAAUUAAUCUUUUCCACAUGUAAAAGUAAGUCUUUGUUUUUAAUAUAAAGACAUUUAUUUGUGAAUGAGAGUAAAAAUCUCUAGUCUUUCUAAGAGAUAAAUGUACAGGACGGGGAGAAUGAAGACUGAGGAAAUUUGCACAUUAAUUUCAGGACCACAAACCUAUUACUGAUUAAAUGGCACGGGAAUUUGUUUAUUCACUGAAAAUAUAUUGGAUGCCUAUAUUGGAUGAAAAUAUAUUGUAUUAUGGGUUGCCACUUUCUUAGGUACUUUCACAUAUAGCAUCUCAUCUGGCCCUUCUUGUAAAUUUGUGGAAGUUCCCAAUACAAAUAAAUAAAUGGAACCUCAGGGAGGUGAAGCAACUUGCCUGGUAAUAAACAGUGGUGAGUCAAAAUUUGUCCCAUAUACACCACAUACGUUUAAGUUAUCCCCUCUGUUUGUAUUGUUAUUUUUACUAGGUCAAAAGUAAACUUGAUUUGAAUGGUGAAGACACAGACUAAAGCUAAACCACAUGAGACUGAGACCAUUUUUACACAAUUUUGCCUGAGAUUAUCUGGAAAGUCUGUGGGCUGCAGGGGUGAAUGUCAGGUUUCAGGCUGUAAGGUAUCAAAUGAUAAAUAGAUAGAUUGCUCUAGUACUGUCCUGAUCUAUAAAAUCCUGAUGAUCAGGAGCAUAAGAGACACAAAUAGUUCAUUAUUUCUCCCAAAAUAUAAUUUAAGGCUUAUUUUAGGCCAUACAAAUCCCAUAAAUAGAUUAAAGAAAGAAAACUGUAAAGCUGAGAGAUGAAC